AGGAGGGAAAGAGGGGGGAAAGAGGAGAGGGAGGGAGGAAGAGUCGAGAAUGGGGAGCAGAGGAGGCCAUGCUGUGGACGAUCUUCAGAGUUUCUUUGCUCGUUCCAACCGCGACCUCUCUCUCAUCCGUCACAAGCUUGAGUCAGAGUUCCGCCUCGCCUACCCAGACAACGUCAAUCCGUUGAAGCUUGUUUCUCGCAUUAAGAGGGUCGAGGAGGAGCUUUCAUCGUUGCGGGAGCAAUCUCGCGAACUGCUCUCUGCUAAACAGGAUUUAAUGGACAGAACGAGAACAACCCUUGUUGGCAAUAGAGGUCUGCUUCAGCGUGUUCAAGCUUGCGCUGGUAUAACUCUUAAUGGUGAUGGUGAUGAUUCAGCAAUUGAUCAUUUGGUCCAGAUAAUUGAUGAGUGGAAUGCUCAAGUUGGACUGAGAGGAGAUAAUGAGAAGCAAUCUUCUGUGGAUGAGGAUGUCAAUCAGUUACUCUUCUCUGCAAAAGUUCAGAAUAUCUAAUUGCCGCAGUCCCAUUUAUUCACAAUGAUGCCUGGACGACACUUCGUAAGGCCUAGUAGUUUCACGUUUGGUAGACAGCAGAGUGCCUGUGACAAGUAGUUUUUUUUCAUUUUCCCGAGCAAAGCUUCUUGUUUGUAAUAGUGAAAUUUAUUAAAACCGUUCUGAUCAAAUUUUCGUAAACGUAAUUUAUCUCUGAUUUUGUUUGAUUGCUAAGAA